ACAUCUUUAGAAAAGCGGGACGAUGUGCCUGCAGGCUUCGUUGCGAGUCCUUACUACCCUACUCCAAAGGGUGGGUGGAGUCCAAGUUGGUCUGCAUCAUACGCAAAAGCACAAUUGGUCGUUGCGAACAUGACCUUGGCUGAAAAAGUCAACCUUACUACUGGAACUGGACUGCUCAUGGGUCGCUGCAUUGGUAAUACCGGGUCAGCCCUUCGAUUCGGUAUUCCAAGUCUAUGCUUACAAGAUUCUGCUCUUGGUAUUGCUGCCACUGAUAAUAUUACUGCUUUUCCUGCUGGAAUAACCGUAGGUGCAACCUGGAAUAAAGCCCUGGCUUAUGCAAGAGGAGCUGCUAUUGGUGCCGAAGCACGUGGCAAGGGUGUGAACAUUCAACUUGGGCCGGCUGUUGGACCACUUGGUCGGAAGCCUCGUGGAGGAAGAAAUUGGGAAGGAUUCGGAGCUGAUCCCGUACUUCAGUCUUGGGGUGGAGUAGAAACGAUCAAAGGCAUUCAGGUGAGGAGGGCCUUCACCUUGUUGUUCCUGGGCAUUGGGCUUAGCACAUGACAGGACAUGGGCGUGAUUGCCACUAUCAAGCAUUUUAUAGCGAAUGAGCAGGAAGCCUAUCGCAUGGAUAUUCCGCCUCAUGGCCUGAUGAAAGCACUGAGUAGCAAUCUUGACGAUAGAACGCUUCACGAGCUCUAUGGGUGGCCAUUUGCGGAUGGCAUCAGAGCAGGAGUCGGAGCAGUUAUGACUGCGUAUAAUGAUGUGAACGGCAGUGCUUCAUCUCAAAACAGUAAAAUGAUGAACGGCAUUUUGAAGGACGAGAUGGGAUUUCAAGGGCUUAUUAUGAGUGACUGGUUGGCUCAGAUCGGCGGAGUUAGUUCAGCUCUGGCUGGUUUGGACAUGGCUAUGCCAGGCGACGGCUCGGUUCCACUGUUUGGAGUCACGUACUGGGGCUACGAACUCUCCACCGCUGUUCUCAACGGUACUGUCCCAUUGGAACGUUUGAAUGAUAUGGUCACAAGAAUCGUUGCUACUUGGUAUCAACUCGGGCAAGACGAUCCGAGCUUCCCAAAGCCAAACUUCUCAGCCAACACUGCUGAUGCCAGUGGCCCCUGCUAUCCAGGCGCUCUAUUCUCGCCAACUUGCGUUGUCAAUGAGUAUGUCAAUGUGCAAGGAAACCAUGCCACUGUCGCCAGAGAAGUUGCAAGGGAGGCUAUCACGGUGCUGAAGAACGACAACAAAACGCUGCCACUGUCAAGCAAAUCAGUACUCAAGAUCUUUGGCACGGAUGCCCAGAAGAAUCCGGACGGCAUCAAUUCUUGCAAUCAACGCUCGUGUAACAAAGGAACGCUUGGCAUGGGUUGGGGUAGUGGAACUGCAAACUAUCCAUAUAUGGACGAUCCUAUCACUGCCAUCAAGCUCAAAGCCGCCAAUUCCACCUACUACAAUACUGAUUCAUUCCCGUCCGGCAUCAUUGCCAUGCCCACAGAUAUCGCUAUCGUCUUUAUCAGUAGCGAUUCGGGUGAAAACCAGUAUACGGUGGAAAUGAAUAAUGGCGAUAGAAGCUCUGAUGGUUUACGAGCGUGGCACAAGGGAGAUGAUCUUGUCAAAGCAGCAGCAGCCAAAUACUCGACAGUCAUCGUCGUUGUACAUACCGUCGGUCCCAUUCUAGUGGAGAGCUGGGUUGAUCUGCCGUCCGUGAAAGCAGUUGUUUUUGCACAUCUACCAGGACAGGAGGCUGGAAACUCACUGACAGAUAUCCUCUUUGGAGACUACUCUCCGAGCGGACAUCUUCCAUACUCAAUUCCCAAGACUGAGUCAGACUACCCAGCCUCAGUCAGCCUCAUGGGAUUCCAAUUCUUCCAAGUACAAGACACCUUCUCCGAGGGAUUGUACAUCGACUACCGGUAUCUGAACAAACUCGCCAUUCCACCUCGCUAUGCAUUCGGUCAUGGCCUGUCGUAUACAACGUUCUCCAAGACCAGUGCUACUGUCACCGCUGGUAAAGCCAUGACUUCUGUUCCUCCGGCAAGAAGGCCCAAGGGAUCAGCUCCUACGUACAGUAAGGCAAUCCCCUUACCUGCCGAGGUAGCAUGGCCAACAGGAUUCGACAAGAUCUGGCGGUAUCUCUAUCCAUACCUCGAUAACCCGCAAGACAUAUCAUCAAAGAAGGCAUUCACCUACCCCAUCGGAUAUCAAACCACCCCACAACCCGAUCCUGUUGCUGGUGGUGAUCAGGGCGGUAAUCCAGCUUUGGUGAGCAUUUUUUGUCGAUAUUCUAUAAUAUUUCAGGAACAUGUGUGUGAGUAACCACGCUAACUUCUCCCAGUGGGACGUAAUGUUCACAAUUUCCGUUAAAGUGACCAACACCGGCACCGUGGCAGGAAAGGAAGUCGUAAUGGUGUACGUACAAUACCCUAGUGACAAUCCUUGGGACACACCAAUCAUCCAACUCCGGGCCUUCGAAAAGACGGCUACCCUGGCCGCAGGUGCAAGUGAAACGGUGAUUCUGGAGCUCACAAGAAGAGAUCUGAGUAUCUGGGACAUCAUCUCGCAGAAUUGGAUUAUCCCUGUCAGCGGCUCGAAACCGUUCUUGUUUUGGAUUGGGAAUUCAACUGCUGGAUUGUCGUUCGCCUGCGAGAGUCUGAGUAAACAUUGUAGUGAUGGAAGGAUGCCACCAGUAGUGUGAAGAGAAGUACAGUUGUGGUGUAGCGUACUAUUUCAAAGUCGUCGUCAAACCCAAAUUAAAAGUCAUCACCAGCAGUG